AUGCGCACAGUCUAUGCUGCCUCAGGAAACCCAACAGAUCCGUUGUCGUCGAUCCGUGUCCACAAACGCAAUCUUCCCAAACCGCGGGAGGGAUGGGUUCGUGUGAAGAUGGAAGCAGUGGGACUGAACUUCCAUGACAUCUUCACCCUUCGCGGUAUGGGGAUCCAUGAGAUUCGGUACCCGAUGAUCCUGGGCAAUGAAGGUGCAGGCGUGCUUGACGACGGCACCGAAGUCGCAAUAUAUCCGAAUCUUGGAGACCCGGACUUCAAAGGCGACGAGACAAUUGAUCGAAAGAGGCAUGUCCUGGGAGAACUGGCGCAAGGCACCUUGGCAGAAUAUGUCAUGAUACCGAAGCGCAACGCUGUCCCGAGGCCGCAAGGUCUGGAAGCGAAGGAUGCAGCUGUGAUGGGAAUCGCAUGGCUCACAGCGUAUCGGAUGAUGUUCAGAAAGGCAGACUUGCGGCCUGGUCAGACGGCACUGGUGCAAGGCUCCUCUGGCGGUGUGACUACAGCACUCAUUCAACUAGGCUCAGCGGCUGGCUUCCGGAUAUGGGCCACGGGCAGGACGGAGAACAAGCGAGAUCUAGCAAGACGACUUGGGGCUGAACGAACCUUUGAGCCUCUUGCAAAACCGCCCUACCUCGUGGACGCAGUGUUUGACACAUCUGGAGCUGCCACGAUCUCACACUCGCUGGCUUGUGUGAAGCCUGGCGGGAUUGUCGUCUCUUGUGGUAUUCAUUCCGAGGGUGGGUCGACUGAAGUGAAAAUCGACCUCUUGCAUCUCUGUGCCAACCAGAUCAGUUUGACCGGGGUGUAUACUGGUACAAGAGAAGAAUUUGUCGACCUGUUGAAUUUCGUUGCGGCCAAGGGCAUCAAGCCGCAUAUCGGCAAGGUGUUACCUCUUGAGAAGGCCGACGAAGGAUUGAAGGAUAUCUGGACUGGUCAAACCGAAGGAAAGGUUAUUAUCACAAUCUAA